ACCAUGUGCAUGAAGCUGUCCGGGUGAAUUCUCACGAUAUCUGAUGUGUUUUUUUAAAAACAAAAAUGCUGACGGUGAGGAGAUUGCAUGGGGGUGGGAUUGACUGGCCUUAGAAAAGCGUGGGGAGUUAUUCCCAUGACGAAAGCUGGGAAGAGAUGCAAAGGAGUAUCACCUGUAUAAGAAGAUUGAAGAUCGCCGCAACUAAGGGAAGAAUUUUGAAUCCUCAUGACAACAUAAACUCCACUUCAUAGUCAAAAAAAUCGUCGCCUACUACAGCCACAUAUAUAAGCUGAAACCCUUUUCCGGCUUAUCGAAAGCUUUCCAUCUUUGACAUCGUCGAAAAACUAUCUACCAGCACAUACCGUAGUAGUCUUACCACAGUAAUAUUCCCAGUUGAGCCCGAUCAACGUCUUUCAACGUCAAUUCUACAAUGUCGCAUCUAUACCCCAACCAAGACACUUAUAACUGCUGUUUCAAUGGCAACGUGUUGGAAACGUGUCAGGAUUGCGGCGGCGCCGCCAGACUACUGUAAGCAUUUUCAAAUACUUAUCAGACAUGUUGCACUUCCAAAUUCCCUUCAAACACAUUUGACAGUACCUAACAAAGUGCCUUAGAGAAAAUUGUACUGGCUGCCAGGGUUCCGGGACAUCUUACAGACCUUGCCCAUAUCACUCCGCUUCUCCGAGCUGCUAUUCCAAUAAUGCGCAUGCUACACCGGCUCAUAGGACUCGAGAGGUAAAACGCUCUUCCGGAAAGAGCAAGAACGGAAAUGGCGGGAGAGCUGUUAAAUGAUUGAACUCCUCGUGUAAUCGGAGCCGGAAAUGGUGGAUUUUGUCCUUGUCAGGUUUUGGCGUUCAUGUUCUCUGAUGACGUUGGUAUGAAAUGAGAUGGAUCGGAAUUUUCAUGUAUUGAUGGGAACUGAGUUUUAAAAAUGUAGCACCUUGUGGUAAAGGAUUGUCUAUGACAUCAGUCUAGGGCUGAGAAGAGAUCAAAAUAAGGAAGUCACAUUUCAGGUUUUAAGGCGUGGAGAAUAGGAUUGGUUAUACAAGGAAAGUCCUAGGAUGGUAGACACGGAAAGAUGGACGGAUAUACCGAAGCGAAUUCGAGAUUGUGUACCGUCGAGAGCGAUCGUUGAGAGAAAUGGAGUUGAUGGUUGCAAAUUUCCGCGGGCUCGGGACGAUGAAUAUGGAUGGAUGGUCAUGCCGUCGGGAUGCAACGAGUCGGUCGGGUGCACAAUGGUAUUCUCGUGAUU